GGGCAUACUUUGCUGAAGCAAACGGAAGAGAUCUACGGACAAGCGAUAGAGUAGAACACACAAGGCAGCAGUAAGCGCGAGAGGCCUAAGUACGCUUGAAUAUGAACUUGAGUCUAUUGAGGAACCCAAACCAACUGAAGCGCUAUCAAAAAUUCGUGAAUUAUAGAAAAAUUUUAUUGCGGACCUAUGCAAGGAGCCAGAGUUCAGAGUUAACAGUUUGAGAUCACUCUUAAAAUUUUAGAUGGGUCCAUCUUCUGUUUGCUGCUCAAAGCUUAGAUUAGAGAUGUGAACAUAUUUAUGCAUUGACCUAUAGACAAAAAGUGCUCAGACAAUUCUUAAAAUAUGUGACCCAAUAUGAACGCAGAUACAAUCUGCAAAGUGAUACAAAAAACAUUUGUAUUUUCCGUUGUUUUUUGCUUAUGUCAUUUCUUCUCUGAACAUAUCCUGAAAUUUCCUUGAAGUUUCAUCAAAAUCGGUUAAGCCGUUUUAAGGAGUUCUUUCAACAUAUUUCUUAAAAUUUCUAGUUUAUAUUAAUUUAUUUAAAUUUUUUUUUUAUCAUUUCAUAUUAUCGACUUUUUGGAAUUUUUAGUGCAAUUUUGGCUUAACUCUGAACACAACAGGGAAUAACCUUGAAUAUAACGUUGCUGAAUUUGUAGCACAGACACUAAGUGUAUGCUCUCAUUUGCACUUUUCUCUUCGGAGAAAAUGUAGCUAACGGUCAAGCUAUGACCACUAUGUCAUUACAACGGUCGAAAUGGUCGCGUAUUGAAAUUACCAUAAAUCUCCCAGUAUCACGCAUUAAACGAAAGGCACUCAUUGGCGCGGGUGACCGUCAUAGACGUAUGUACAGUUAAUCGGCGAUUUUAACGAACACAUUUCAAAUAAAAAGUGGUAGUGCCACGCACCGCGUCCAGUUGGUAUUGAGAUUGCGAAGCACAAACAUCGACGGUUGACAAAUGACCGCUAGUUUGUAGUACAAAUGAGCCACACUCAGUCCAGUCUCAUAGUUAAACAGUUAUAAUAGUAUUAAUACAUAUGUACAUACAGGGGAGCUUUACCACCCCGCUGUUGAUUUACCACAUAUAAAUUUCAGUGAUUCUGGUGUUAAUAAGGUGCAAAAAUUUAAAAGUUUGCCUCAGAUUGCAAACGAAAAUAGUAUAUGAUAUAUAAUUUUUAAACGGAAGUGAAUUAGUGUAAAUGUAGUGAAACGGAAUUAUGGCGCCUGAUUUCACCAUCGUAUUGAGACAGUGGAAAGUGAAAGUAUUUGAAAAUGCCAUAGAAAUCGAUUAAAUAUAUAUGUUUUAUAUGCAUUAAAUGCGGCUAAUCUAAAUAUUUAUAACUUUGAUUAACAAACUAACAAUACUUUGAAAACUCGAAGAAACAUGGUGACACGGGCAUCCAGUGUGCCCCAUUUGAAUAGCAGUGGAGGCAGCAGCAAUGAAAGCGCCGCCGGUAGCGCUUCCGGACCUAGUGGUCGUAGAAGUCGUCCGCCCAAUUCGCGUACACGGCAUGUGGGCAAAAGCGUCACGCCCAAACAGACGCGCAGUACACCAGGCAGUAUGCCACGUUCUCGAAGCCUCACACAUGGUAUGCAACGAGUGACUCCGCAAAAGUCCUCCAAUAGUUCGGGUAGUGUGGGUUCGAGGAACACUCCGGUCUUUUUGCGUUCCAGAGAGAACGAAAUUGGUAGUGCGGAUACAUUGGAAAUUGUGGCCUCAAAGUCUACUGGCAGUGAACCCUCAACACCGGAGGACAACAUAAAUGUUGUGGUCAGAGUGCGACCGCUUAAUGAGAAAGAAAAACGUGAUAGAUACGGCAUGAUUCUACAGUUCCCUGGAAAUGGACAAAUCAUUAUUGAGAGCAGUGAAAGCAACAACAAAAGAUCACGAAAUCAAGAAAAUGUACAUGUUUUUACCUAUAACGUUGUAUUUGAACCCGGUGCGACUCAGGAAGAUAUUUUGGAUUAUUCGGGUAUUAAACGCAUCAUCGAAAUGGCAAUCGAAGGUUUUAGCUGUACUGCAUUUUGUUAUGGUCAAACCGGCUCGGGCAAAACUCAUACGCUAACUGGACCACCUGAUCUAUUUUACGGCAAACCAAAUCCAAACGAUCCUCGACACGGUCUCAUCUUCCGGUCGUUUUUGUACCUCUUCCAAUUGAUAAAAAAUCGAAAGGACGUAAAUUAUGUAUUGAAAGCAUCUUUUCUUGAAAUCUACAAUGAACGAGUAAUUGAUUUAUUAAAUCCAGGAUCAGCGAGAAAAUCGCUAGCAGUUCGCUGGUCAAAAAAGUCUAGAGGGUUUUUUGUAGAGAACCUUUUCACCGUCGACUGUGAGGAGUUAGAUGACCUGUUGGCCGUACUGGAAGAAGGGAUGAGAAACCGUGCUGUUGGAUCUCAUGCUAUGAAUGAUCACUCGUCUCGUUCGCAUACCAUGCUUACUGUGCAUAUUAUUUCAGAGCAGCAAACCGAUGGUGGCGUGUUUAUUUCAAAGCAUGGGAAAAUCAAUUUUGUAGAUUUGGCUGGCAGUGAACUUACCAAGAAAACGCUCAGUGAAGGCAAAACUCUGGAAGAAGCCAACAACAUAAAUAAAAGUUUGAUGGUUUUAGGUUAUUGCAUUGCAUCAUUAAGCGAUGGCAAAAAGCGAUUCGGUCACAUUCCCUACCGAGACAGCCAACUGACUAAACUACUAGCCGACAGUUUAGCUGGCAACGGUGUCACACUGAUGAUCGCUUGUGUAUCGCCCGCGCAAUAUAAUCAUGCCGAGACUUUAAACACCUUACGUUAUGCGUCCAGAGCCAAACGUAUACGUACGAAACCAGUUAUUAUGAUGGAUCCACGCGAGGCACUUAUACUCAGUCUAAAGCGUGAUAUAAACGCUUUAUUAAUUGAAAAUGAUCAUCUCAAAUCCGCACUGAAUUUGCAUCAUGAAUCGCACAAGACAGUGCACGAAACUCAACAAAAUGGCGAGUUAUUAGAAAUGCAUCUGGAGCGUGUUGCCACCGGUGGCAUGCCAGUACCAAAGGUCGAUUUGGAACGCCUGGCAGAGCUGGAUGGUAACGAGUUGGCUGAACUAGUCAAGUUAUAUAUGCAAGAGAACGAGGCCUUACGUCAGGAAAACAAUCACCUGUUUACAGUGCGCGAAACCAUACUCAGGGACCAGGAAAUCGUAUGUCGUGAGAAUGAACGAUUGCUGAAAAAGCUUGAGGAUGUCAAUAAGGUUUGCGUGCGCUCACCUCUCAUACCCGCACGUUCCGCAAUAACAGCCGACUCGGGCAGUGGCACAGCAGGAUCCGAGAUUUGGACAAAUCCUCACGAUGUACCCAUACACGAGCGUCCUGCUGAAAUGGAAGGCAGAAUGUCAGAGAAUAAGGAUAAGCGCUCCGAUGAGGAUCAACGUAUAAUCGAUCAGCAGCGCAUUGCAAAGAAUAUUAUGUUGAUGGCCAGUUCAUUUCAGAGCAAAUCUGAUGAAAUAAACAAAGAAGAUGGUCAAAAAUCCGAAGAGAAGAAAAUAUUUCAAAAUGAGAAACCGAAAACACCGCAAGCCGAUUACAUGCCGGACAUGCUUAUAUAAAUAUUUUAACUGUUAUCGAUUUAUGUAAUAUAGAUUGUGUAUAAAAUGCUUACAUCCUCUACCAAGUACAAAAUAAGGAAUACCUGAAACUACUCAAAAGUUACAUACAUGCAUAUAUAUAUUU